AUGCAAAGCUUAAAAUCGCUCUUUGGAGCUCUAGUGAAAAAAAGCUUUGAAAAUAGGCAAAGCAUCGGAGAAGAAGAUACGAAAUCUUCUGAGAACCAGUCCUCACCCUCCCCAAUACUAUAUGAGUCUGAAAUCCAAGACUCAUUUUUAGGAUCAAUCAGCGAGGGAACUGAGUCGAUGCUGGCACAGAAAAUUCCACCGUCAGGAUUCCAACUUGCUACUGUAAUUCCGUCAACUCAUUCUGACGUCAUGAGCCAUGCGUUAUACAAAGCUGCACAACAAAACAAAGCAGAACUGUGUGGCGAACUGCUACAGAAGUCUUUUUAUGGAGAUGCUAUGGCCAAUGUUAAUUUUAAAGACGAAAAUAAAAAUACUCCUCUGCAUGUCGGAGCAAGCCAAGGAUAUCUUAAAGUGUGUGAAGCUUUGCUAGACUAUGGAGAUUCUACCAAUCUUGAUGCCAAAAAUAUUGAAGAAAGAACUCCACUCCACUUGGCUUGCAAGUUUGGACACUUGCAAGUGGUGCAACUCCUAGUCAGAUCUGGCGCUGAUAUUGAUACUCCUGAUGAAGAUAAUUAAAAUAUGAAGUCUUCGUCUAGGCAUGGCCUCCCGGCUAUGCAGCCUCGACUCAUAUUUUAAUUAUAUCGGGCAAGGUUUUAAUAUGGUAGAGAUGGACGGCAAUACUAGGUAAGCAAUUCUGGUUGUGUGCAGAGCCUAGCCCAAGUCUGGUCUCGAGAUGGAUUUUUCCUCGUGGGGAAGGAGGGCACGGAGGUUGGAAAGGGGAAGCUUAGCAGAGUCCUUUGGACCAAUCGGGCAAAUUCUAGCGUGAAACUGGGCGUUACGUCCGGGCUACGCAUUUUUCCUUUUUGCCGAUAGCCGACCAGAAAAUCCAUUUUUUGGGUUUUCGGAAAAGCAACCCAUGUAGCAAGCAAGUAGCUCACUCAUGAGCCGUCGAAGCUGGCAAAACUUGCCCUAGGAGCACCCUGGUGAUCAAAGCAGGUCGGCCCAGCGACUUGUAGGCCCGAUGCGACGAAGGCGAGCGGUAGGCCUGGGAAGGUCGACCCCGUAGUGGACGUUAAGCGUUAUAAAUUCUAUAAGAUAAGAUAAGAUAAUCCUGAUGAAGAUGGAAAUACUCCUUUACAUUUGGCAUCAGAAAACGCAAAAACUGAUGUGGUUUCUUGGCUUUUAACUAAGCAUCCAAAUUUAUUUAUUGAAAAUAAAUUUGAAAAGACCCCAGCAGAGGUAGCAGGCACUGAAGAAACAAAAGCCCUGUUUGCAAAAUAUUCAAACCGAUCUCAGAAUAGCACUUUUAGAGGUAAUAGUCCAAGACUCUGCGUAAGAGAAAUGAGCUUCUUUGAAGAAAUAAAAGAACCUUCCAGGGUUUUCCCAUUAGAUUUUGAGAUUUUAACUGAAUUAGGAAAAGGCAGUUUUGGAGAAGUUUAUCUGGUCAGGAAAUCUGAUAGCUGUCAACUUUAUGCAAUGAAAGUGCUGAGAAAAGAAAAAAUCAUGGGACAAAAUUUAAUAAAAUAUGCAAUGACAGAAAGGCACGUUCUCAGUUAUAUUAAUCACCCAUUCAUAGUAUCGCUUAACUUCGCAUUUCAAACCCCAGAAAAAUUGUUUUUAAUACUAGACUACUGCCCUGGAGGAGACUUGAGCUCACAUUUAGCUCGGGAAAAGCAUUUCGACGAGUAUAAAGCAAGAAUUUAUACAUGCGAAAUAUUACUUGCAUUAGAAGAAUUGCAUAGGCAUGGAAUAAUUUUUAGAGAUCUGAAGCCUGAUAAUAUCGUAGUUGAUGAAGAUGGCCACGCUUUGUUGACCGAUUUUGGGCUUUCAAAAGAAGGAGUAUAUGAUGGCGACACGGCUAAAAGCUUUUGUGGCUCUUUAGCUUAUUUAGCACCUGAAAUGAUCAGAAGGCAAGGGCACGGAAAAACUGUGGAUUGGUACCUUCUUGGGGUUUUGUUUUAUGAAAUGGUGGUAGGGAUUCCACCUUAUUUUUCUAAUAAUAAAGAAGAGCUGUUCAAUAAUAUCCAGAAGGGGAAGCUAAAGCUUCCCUCAAGUUUAUCACUAGAAGCAAAGGAUCUGAUAAUAGAAGUAAGAUUUAUUUAGCUAUUACAAAGAGAUCCGUCAAAAAGACUAGGUGCAAAAAGAGAUGCUGAGGAAAUUAAAGCACAUAAAUUCUUUCAAGGAAUUGAUUGGGAUAAAGUUAUGAGGAAAGAGCUUAAGCCUCCUGUACCUCCUAAAAAAUGUAUUCCGGACCAAAGAAUUGAACCUCGGCUUGUGUAUGGAGAUUUGUCGAGAUGUGAAGAAAAGUACAACAGGGUUUCUGGCUGGUCUUUUGUUUUAGAAUAA